UGCAAUAACAGUCCACAUGCUCGGACAAGGAACUAACAAUGCCCAAAGGUGGUAAGAAGAAAGGCAAGGGGAAGGGGAAGGGGAAGAAAGGGAAGGCUCCCAAAAAAGCUGCCGUCAUCGAUGGCAUCUCUACUGAAGACAUGACCAAGGAACAGCUUGAGGAGCAUGUACUGCGGUUGAGGGAUGAGUUGGACAGGGAGAGAGAAGAGAGAAACUUCUUCCAGUUGGAGCGUGACAAGGUCAAUUCAUUCUGGGAGAUCACUAAGCAACAGUUGGAUGAGAACAAGGCCACUGUGAGGAACAAAGAGAGAGAGUUAGAGGACUCAGAGGAAAGGCACCAGGUUGAGAUCAAGGUGUACAAGCAGAAGGUGAAGCACUUACUGUAUGAGCAUCAGAACAACAUCACUGAGCUGAAGAGAGAUGGUAGCGUGGCGGUGACACUGGAACAGAGUGACCACCAGGACAGGGAGGGAGGCCUCAUUAAGGAGAAGAGGUCUCUCAAGGUUGAGCUCAAGGAGAUGGAACUAGCUCAUCAGGAAGCUGUGAAAACUCUCAAAAUGGGGCACGAUCAAUUGACAACUAAAGCAAGGGAGGACUUUGAGAGACUGGCCGCUGAGCUCCAGUCUAAACACGAGGCCAAGAUGGCUGCUCAGAGAGAUGAGUUAGAGCUACGCAGGAAGACAGAGGUCCAUGAGGUUGAAGAGCGUAAGAAUGGUCAGAUCAAUGCUCUUAUGAAGAAUCACGAGAAGGCCUUCAGUGACAUCAAGAACUAUUACAAUGACAUCACUCUCAACAACCUGGCUCUCAUCAACUCACUCAAGGACACGGUGGAGAAGAUGAAGAAAGACUCGGAGCGUCUCGAGAAGCAGCUAGCUGAGACCCAGGCUGAGAACAGACGCCUCCAAGACCCCCUGGCCAGAGCACGGGAGGAGGUGGCUGAACUACAGAGGCAGCUAGCUAACUAUGAGAGGGACAAAGUCUCACUGGCUAAUGCCAAGGCUCGUCUGAAGGUACAGGAAUCAGAACUCAAGAGUCUGAUAUGGGAACACGAAGUACUGGAACAGAGAUUUGCUCAGAUUCAGAAGGAGCGUGAUGAUUUAUACAGCAAGUUUGUGAAGGCCAUUCACGAGGUCCAACAGAAGACAGGGUUCAAGAACCUGCUACUGGAGAAGAAGCUCACUGCACUAGCUGACUCACUGGAGAAGAAGGAGGCACAACUCAAUGAGGUCCUCUCAGCCUCGAACCUUGACCCCUCCGCUCUCACCAUGGUAACCAGGAAACUGGAGGAUGUGCUGGAUUCUAAGAAUAGUGCCAUCAGAGACCUCCAAUAUGAGCUAGCCAGAGUCUGCAAGGCCCAUAACGACCUCAUCAAGACGUAUGAGGCUAAACUAGCCACCUUUCGUGUGCCCACUGAAGAGCUAGGGUUCAGGCCUCUAAGAAGCACAGUGGCUGGACAGAGCCUGGGGCAGGGACCUGCUGGGCUAGUAGCAUCACCAUCCUAGCUAGCUAGGGACUCUAACACACCCACCAUUAAUAUUUGUUGUACUGUCAUCAUGCAGAGUGAAUUAUUGCCAAUGAACAA